AUGCUUCUAUUGGACAUCGUAUGGUGCCACUACAUGAUGAAAGACGUCGCCAGUCUGGCGUCUGCUAAAGGACGGCUUGCUGCCGCCCGGUCUGCUCUGCGCAAGGCGCACGGUGCGGACAUGUCAAGGCUGAGGAUGCUUCAGGGAAACUUUCGACCUGAGCUAGCCACGUAUCUCCGCCUUGACCUGUUAGACGCCAUUGCAGCAUACCACAGUGGAGACCUGAUGGGAGCCCGGCCGCUACUAGCAUCGGCCCAGUCCCUCUUUCAACAGCUGCAGGUUUCAGACGAUUCAUUGGCUAGCCUGGCAGGCAUGGGCUUCUCGGCCAAUGAGGCGAGGCGUGCACUACGUGUGGCGGGCGGUGACGUGAGCCGGGCGGCGGAGUUUGUCAUCUUGCAACGGCAGCGGGAGGCAGAGAAGGCAGAAGAGGACAGAAGGCAGAGGCGGAUGGAGAGGGAGCAGCGGGCCUAUGGGAGGACGCCACGUGGCAAGAAGGUGGACAUGCGGCUGCUGGACGAGCUGGCAGCAUACGGCUUCACGCGGCGGGUGGCAGCAGGGGCACUGAGGCAGAGUGAGAACCAUCACCAGAGGGCCCUAGAAACCCUCGCUGCCUUUGAGACAAGUUUAUUCUCUCUACCCCUUUCUACCCCUCUCCACCCCGCUGUGGCAGUGGCAGAUGGGAAGGCAGAUGGCAGCAGGAGGAGGCACAGCAGAGGUGGUGGUAGUGCUGCUGCUGGAGGCAUGUCUUCAGAUGACUCAGUGGCAGCGCUGGUGGCGCUGGGCUUCUCUGCUCACCAAGCCCGACAAGCCCUAGAGGGCAGCAGUAACGACGUGGAAGCAGCAGCAGCAGCUUUGCUGCAAGGGGAGUAUGGGGAGGCUGGCAUUGGGGAGGGCGGGGGCAGUGGGGAAGGAGGGUCAGGGGAUGGGGGGAACGGGACAGGGGGAGAGGGGACGGAGGGAGGUGGAGGAGAAGGGGGGAUGGAUGUUGAGGAAGGGGAAGGGAGUGAGGGAGGGAGCGAGGGGAGUGAGGAGGAGGAGGGGGAGAGGGAUGAGGAGAUGGAAGGAGAAAUAAGGAAGGGAGUGAGUGGGGAUCCCUAUGCUGAGUACGAUCUGGAUGUUUCACUAGAAGCUGCUGCGAUAGAAGAAUACUCCAAGCUGAUUAUUGGUACCAGUGAGAAUGUGUGA